AUGCGCACCCCAAGAGCCGUUCCCGCAAGCUUCCGCCUCAUCCCCAGCGUCUCGCGCGCAGUUAAGCCUUCGAUGUCUUCCCAGCGACGACAAUUCUCGGCUCACGCGAGCUUGCGCAAGGGCAUCAUGCCGGAUACCUCCAAUCCGGACAAGGCGGCCCCAAAGACCGAGACGACAUUUGCCGUUGCCGAGCUCUCUGAUGCCGAGUACAACGAUCUCUCGGAUGAGUACUUGCACGAUCUUCUUGAGAAGUUCGAGACUCACCAGGACAACGGCGCCCCGAUUGACGUGGAAUACUCAUCCGGUGUCAUGACCAUCACCGUAGUCGGCAAGGGCACCUACGUUAUUAACAAGCAGCCUCCAAACAAGCAGAUCUGGCUGUCGUCGCCGCUGUCCGGUCCUAAACGAUACGAUUUCUGCGUUGCCAGCGAGGGCCAGGGAGAUAAGGAGGGCACAGGAUUGGGAACCUGGAUAUAUGCACGCGACAAUUCGAGUUUGGACGAGCUUAUAUUCAAUGAAAUUGAGGUUGGCUUGUAA